AUGAUGGAUCAUUUGAAAAAAGUACGUUAUAAUGAAUUACGAGCUAUUCAACGAGCAUGUAAAGGUCAAUUUUUAUUAUGGAAUAAUAUUGGUGCAAUGACUUGUUACAAUGAACAUAUUCAGAUCUCCUUUCAUCAUGUAUUAUAUCAUCGUUUAAUUACAAUUGAUAAUAAAACAGAUAAAUGUUCAAUUGAAGAUUUAUUAUUAUCAGUUAUUGUACCUGAUUAA